AUGGCUGUUGAUCGAGCAACUCAUCUUGUUGCACCAAUAACUACAGAUACUGUUCGACGUCGAUCAUUUUAUCGUUCAUUUAUUCAAUUUCUUUUUUCAAAUCUUGGUCUAGUCCUAAUUGUUGUUGCUUAUAGUAUUGGCGGAGCUUUUCUUUUUAUAUUACUCGAACAAUAUAUUGAAUUACAAAAUUGUCAACAAGGAAAUUUAAGUGAAAAUAUUUCAAUAUCAAAUCUUUCUGAAACAAUAUAUAAUUAUGUUGUUAUAAAAGAUGAUAAUACAACAAUAAUGUAUGCACAAAUUGCUGGUUAUUUAGUUAAUUUUACUAAUGAUAUAUAUGAACGUCUAACUGAAUUACGUUAUAAAGGACAAGAUUGUACAACGUCAUCUAAUUGGAAUUUUCCAUCGGCAUUACUUUUUACAAUAACUGUUAUAACAUCAAUUGGUUAUGGACAUGUAACACCAACAUCAUGGGAAGGACAAAUAACAUGUAUUUGUUAUGCAUUAAUUGGUAUACCAAUAUUUCUUCUUUGUUUGGCAAAUAUAAGUUCUGUACUUGGUGAUAUAUUUCGUUUUAUGUAUUCGGGUUUACUUCAUUGUUUUUGUUGUGUUUGUCGUGCUUAUGUGCGUAACCGUCGUCGUCAAAACCGUCGAAUUCAUACAGGAAAAAUAAAAAAUCCUCAUGGUAUUGAUUAUGUUGGUACAGCAACAAUUGAUCCAAGUUGGCCAGAAGCGAAUCGUCAUUUUAAUGGGAAAUUAACUGAUAACGAUGAAAAUGAUUAUGAUAAUGAUGGUGAUGAUGAUGAUUAUGAUUAUAAAGAUGAUAUUUGGAAUAGAAUGGAAAAUCGUGUACCAUUUGGAGCAGUUAUUUUAAUCAUUAUUGGUUAUAUUUGUUUAGGUGCAUUUAUGUUUAAUAGAUUUGAAGGUUGGACAAUGACUCAAUCAGUCUAUUUUUGUUAUAUUACGUUAGCUACAAUUGGUUUUGGUGAUUAUGUACCCGGUAUAACAUCAGGUUCAACAUCUGGUUUACGUUUUUUGCUUGCUUCAAUUUACAUUCUUUUUGGUUUGGCAAUAUUAGCAAUGUGCUUUGAUUUAAUUAAAGAAGGAAUUGUUGAUAAAUUUCGUUGGUUUGCAAAUAAACUUGGCAUUAUUGCUAACGAUGAAGAUCAAAUCGAUGAAGAUCGUACACAAUAUGCUAAUUUUGAAUAUGAUACAUCGAAUCAGCAAAAACAAGGUCAAGUAGAACAAAUAGAAAAUAAUGAUAAACGUCUAAUUGAUAAAACAAAAUCGAAUAAUUCUUCUGGUGAAUCAUUAGCUUAUGAUUAUGAAUUUCUUGAUGGAAAAUGGCUAAAAAAUAUUCCAGAUAAAUCUGAAACAAUAACAAAUCUUAGAAGUACAAAAGGAAUUAAAACAAAAGAUGAACAACAUUAA